CUUAUUUAACAUCCAAACAGCGUCCUCUGGUGGAGAUUCAAGUAUUACCAAAACAUUGUCAGUGUGUAUUUUAUUGCAAUCAUUCUAACAAAAGAUUAACUAUUUAUUCUGCACUGGAAACAGGUGCUCAGACACAUUCAUCCUGCACCAGAAUGAAUGAGUUUGGUGGCUGUGGCUUGAAUCCACUGCAGCAGAGUGAGAAGCUGAGGAGGGAAUUAUGUCUCCUGCUGAACCUGCUUGGUGCUGCUUGGCUAAUUUUAACCUGUCAGUUCAAAGAGCACGGGGACCGAAAGCAACGUUAUAAAACCAAAGAGGAAACAACACGUCUGCUGUGGCACCUUGGUAAGACCUUUGUGUAGAUAAGGAUACAAAACUUCUGAUUCAAAGUCCUGUAGAUAUGAGUCAUCGUUCUCGGGCCUCCAGGGUGCGACAGCAUGUCCACUGUGAUUCCUGCUACAGCCGGCGCUGCAGGGCUCGGGUGGAGGUCUCUGUGUGCUGCGCGGUCAUCCCCUGCCGCCUGCACUGUGGAGCUCUCUUCCACCUGUGCAAAGAGGAGGAUCACCUGCUGCUCUGCCCUAACGUGAGGGUGCCCUGCCUCAACGCUGAGUACGGCUGUCCGGUCCACCUGCCCCGCUCCUCGCAGGCUGCUCACCUCCAGGUGUGUCCGGCCAGCGUGGUGUGUUGCUCCAUGGAGUGGCUCCGCUGCCCGACUGAUGACACAAACCCACACAGCAACAUAGCCCUGCAGGAGAACAUGAUGAAGGAAACUGAGGGCCAGGGGGAGGCUCUGGAUCUCGCCAUGGCCCUGGUUGAUCAGUCAGACCUUUACAGCCGCCUGAAAAUGAAGCCCCUCUAUCCAGAGCUGAUGGAGGCAGAAGAGGAGGAAAUAAAGGAUGAGAAGAAAGAGGAGACAGCAGUGGGAGGGUUUGUCAAUGGAGUUGCAAACAAAGAUACCAAUGAAGGUCUGCCCACAUCUGUUCCUGCAGAAAACAGCUUGAGUGAGAAUAAUGUUGCUGAAGAGACAGUACAGAGCAGUGUGGAUCAAAGCUCAGGCCUCAGCACAGAGAAAUACAACCUGUGUGAGAUGAUGUUCAGCAUGGAGAGAGGCGGCUGUGCUGUCGCUCAGGCAAACCAAGACAAUCCCAAACAAAACCCUGGUGAGAAGGUGAAGGCACAGAGGCAGGACAGCGUGGUGAAAAAAGACCAGAAAGACACAGAGAAAGAUGGUGCGGCUGCAGACACACCAGACACAAGUAAGACAGGGCAUGCCCCGUGGCAGGAGGGGGUGAUGGAGCGUCUGAGGGAGGAUCUCACCCCGCAGGAGUACAAUAUGUAUGUGGUACAUCAUGGGCGCAUGUUGCUCACCUUCGGACACAUCCAUGCCUGUACACCGAGGGAUAAAGAUUUUGUCUAUGGCAGCCUGGAGCCUAUCCCAGUCCAAACCCUGCGCUCUUUCAAGAUCCCUGACAGCUAUCACUACAAUCAGCGGGCUCAUCGGUACGACAUGGUUGCGCGGGCUCAGAGUGAGCCUCGCAGUGUGGACACAUCGGACCUCGGAGUCAACGAAGAGGACUGGUUCUGUGAUGAAGCAGCAGCCACCCUGCUGGGCUACGCUGAGAAGGAGGUCAUGGGUCACAAGAUCAGCAAGUCAAAGGCAGUGGAUGGGCUCUUUGUUGACGAGGGAACACAGACGUACUCGUUCCGCUCGGCUCCGUUUAAAGGGAAGACGACUCUGGCGGAGGUGGUGGUGGACAGGCCGCUGAAGCUUCAUCUUCAGCUGCAGGCAGAGAGUGUGAACAGCAGACACAACAGAGCCAGCUGUGUCUUCACCUUCCUUUGUGGUCACAGCUUCCACCGCAGAGAGUUCGCCACACAUUUCAGGAACGUCCACAGCGACAUCCAGACGUGUCUGAGUGGAUGGUUCAUGCAGAGAUGCCCCCUAGCGUAUCUGGGAUGCACCUACAGCCAGAGGAGGUUUCAGCCCUCCACACAUGAAGCCACCGUCUCCUAUAAUCAGCAGCUGAGGAGUUUCAACUUGCGUCCGACACUUUUAGCCUCAGUAGGUGACGCUUCCCAGGCGUCCAGGAGCACAGUGGACUCCUCCACCCCUCAGAGGAAGAGAGGAGGCGAGUACUCUCUGAGCUCGCUGCCCUACGAGGUGCUGUGCCACAUGGCCAGUUUCCUGGACAGUCUGUCCCUGUCCCAGCUGGCUCUGGUGUCCCGGCUCAUGAGGCAGGUGUGCUCCUCUCUGCUGCAGGAGAGAGGGAUGGUCACCCUCCGCUGGGAGAGGAAGACCUACUCACAUGGGGGAGCCAAGUGGAGGGCCAAACCUGUGUGGGAGUUCAGUCACCUCUUCUCCUCAGUGGAUUCGUGGCAUAUGGCAGACGUCCCUCCUAUAUCUGCUCAUCUAAAAGUCUGUCCUUACUACGAGACCUCUCAACACAGUGAGCCUGUUGCCCUCCCCAGCAUGAGUGAGAAACAGGGGGGCAGCCAGGAGAGGCUUACCCUCGUCAACCAUUUCACAAGACACAGAUGAAAAAACCCAUUUAAUUCUACCUGCUGGGUUAGAAUUUAUUUGUGUAUUAUUUACACUGAUGGCCAGAUUACACUGCACAAGUAUAGGGACAAAUAAGAACAAACACACAGAACAAAUAAAAUCAACCUGAACUUGUGCAGUUUUUCUUCUUCUUCAUCAUCUAUCUCAUAUUCAGUAUUAUGGAAUGAAUGGCCAUUGUAUACAGCUUUCAUUUAUUUACUGCAACAUUUUAUUAUAUGAAAAAAAGUUUAUUAUGAGACAUGGUUGAUCUCCUCCACUCUUCACCUCAUGCAUCUCUUCACCUGCCUCUCUAAAUAGUCUCCUGACUAGUGAAGAGAAGAGCAGCAGUCUGCUGAAAGUGUUUGGAUGCAACCAGUCAGUGUUUGUGUUGAGUAAUCAGUCAUCCAGGUAGUAUGUAGUAUUAAAUUAAACAGAUUCAUUAAUAAAUAAUUGAUUGAUUAGUUGAUAGACUAAAAACAGACUAAAAACCUAUCUUUUUUCACAAGCUUUUACUUAGGUUUAAAGUGUGUGGUUAAUGGGUAAAUUUUUUAUCAUAGAAUUAGUAUUAUCAUUAUUAUUAUUCCCUUUUUAAUAAUAAUGAUAAUAGCUACUUAUCUUAUUCCAUUUUUAUUGUAAUACCUUUUUAUCUUGCUGUUUUUAUCUUAUGUGUUUCCAUAUAUGUAAUACCUCCUUAUCUUAUAUGUUGCUAUCUAAUAUGUUUUUGCUAUGCAUGAUUUCUGCCUAUUUCUUCUUGCUUGCUUUUAUUUUGAAGCACAUUGAGUCUACGCCUGUCGUAUGAAAUGUG